AAUGUCACGUGGGUCCAAAAGAUCUAAAAAGUAAUUAUUCCGCAUCGGAAGAGAAGCGCUUAAUGACCCCUCAAUAAUAGCAGCAGAUCUCGAAAACUACUAACAGGAAAGCCCCAGAAUUUCUCUCUAUGAACUGGUACCGUUUCCGGUCUAGAUUCAUCCUCACCGCAUAAUCCUAGAGCGACUUUCUGGCCCGUCAAAUGGACUCGCGCGCUGACCCGUCCAAACCUCACGAGAGCGAACUCUCCGCGAUGUUUCGACCCCCCGUGAACCGCGCCAUGCGCGUGCUUGACCGGUCUUUCUUUCGAAAAACAAUUCCCAUCUCUGCUGCGACCGUCCUCAAGACGUCAGAUAUUUCCCGGGUCCGGAACGAGCUGUUGCGCAGUCGUGACCUUCUUGCGGUGCCGCGACUGAAUCCGAUUCGUGUUGCGCAAGGGGAUAAUGCCGAUCAGAAGAAGUGUGUUUUGCUACGGGAGGGAGUUAAGCAUGAUGAUCCUGCGACGUGGUCUCCGACGAUAAAUCAGCUGCUCGAGAAGGGAACAGUAGGCUUGGGACCUUAUGACUUGGAACUGGAUUAUGAUUACUGGACUUACUCUGAUAUAAUUCAAUCUGUGCUUCCCGAAGACGAUCUAGGAGAGAUCCCGGUUGGAUACACGCAGGUUGGACAUGUUGCGCACCUGAAUCUACGCGAACAAUAUCUUCCUCACAAGCAUCUGAUCGCGGAGAUUCUGAAGGAUAAGAACAAGUCGGUGCGCACGGUGAUUAACAAAACGGAGGAUGUCGGAUCUCAUAGCGUCUUCCGCACCUUCCCAUUUGAAUUACUGGCGGGCGACAACGACCUAAAUGUCGUUGUCCACGAGCAGGACUGCGAGUUUCAUUUCGACUAUGCUCGGGUCUACUGGAACAGCCGUCUGGAAACGGAGCACCGAAGGCUGGUGGAUAAGUUCCGGGAAGGGGAUAUGGUCUGCGACGUGAUGGCGGGAGUUGGGCCAUUUGCAGUUCCAGCAGGCAAGAAGAAGAUAUUCGUCUGGGCGAACGACCUCAACCCGCACGGCUACGAGGUUAUGGUCGAUGCCGUUAAAAGGAACAAAGUGGACAAGUUUGUGACGCCGUUCAACUUGGACGGCCGGGAAUUCAUCCAGAAGUCCGCAAAGGAUCUUCUCGCAGAGGGACCGGUGACGGUCACUGUUGAGCCUAAGGCGAAACGACAAAAGAAGACCGAGGAUGGCAAGGGUGCUGCGCCUGCUCCCGAGCCGGUCGAAUAUGUCCGACCUACGACUUUCGACCACUACGUGAUGAACCUACCUGCCACAGCUAUUGAAUUUCUGGAUGCAUUUGUGGGCGUCUACGCAGGUCAUGAGGAUCAGUUUUCUCCUCACACAUCGCGUUCGCUGCCCAUGGUCCACGUCUACUGCUUCUCAGGCAACUCGGACAACGAGCUCGACGACCAUAUCGACAUCUGCAAGCGGAUCUCUGAGCGGAUCGGCUACACCAUCACUCCGGACGACAAGGUUGGCGGAUCUGGCAACCAAGACGUGGAACUAGCGAUCCAUAACGUUCGUCUAGUCAGUCCAAACAAGCAGAUGUUCUGCGCCAGCUUCCGUCUGCCCAAGGAGGUCGCGUUUAAGAAGGUAUAGAAAAAAACAGCAUGCACAAUAAACGUACAUGCGAAUUGCAUAUACCGGGGGCGUUGCGGUGCAUUUAGCAUAUUCCAGGCAUACUAUUGUAUAUGCGGAAGACAAAAAUAAAAGUCGAGUUUGAUACCCUUGUAAAUGGUUGUGUAGAAUAUUGGUCCACUGGAUCAUGUAUUCGG